GAGAUCCGGGAGGAGGUGGAAGGCCACACCCCGCGCUGCCCGCGAAUUUCCUCCGGAGCCCGCGGUCGCCGGGCAGACGCCGCCGAGAUGCGGGGCCCGCGGCUCGGGACCGCCGCCCGCCUCUUCUGCGUGUGGAGCGCGGCGCUGGCCGCCGCCCCCGGGCCCAGGUUUCUGGUGACAGCCCCUGGGAUCAUCAGGCCGGGAGGAAAUGUGACCAUUGGGGUGGAGCUUCUGGAACACAGCCCCUCACAGGUCACUGUGAAGGCGGAGCUGGUCAAGAUAGCAGGGAACCUUGCCGUCUCUGUCCUGGAAGCAGAAGGAGUCUUUGAAAAAGGCUCUUUCAAGACACUUAUUCUUCCAUCACUACCUCUGAACAGUGGUGAUGAGAUUUAUGAGCUCCGUGUCACUGGACGUGCCCAGGAUGAGAUUUUAUUCUCGAAUAGUACGCGCUUAUCAUUUGAGACCAAGAGAAUGACUGUCUUCAUUCAAACAGACAAGCCCCUGUAUAAACCAAAGCAAGAAGUGAAGUUUCGUGUUGUUACACUCUUCUCAGAUUUUAAGCCUUACAAAACCUCUUUAAACAUUCUAAUUAAGGAUCCCAAGUCAAAUUUGAUCCAACAGUGGUUGUCAGAACAAAGUGAUCUUGGAGUCGUUUCCAAAACUUUCCAAUUAUCUUCCCAUCCAAUACUUGGUGACUGGUCCAUCCAAGUUCAAGUGAAUGACCAGACAUAUUAUCAGUCAUUUCAGGUUUCAGAAUAUGUAUUACCAAAAUUUGAAGUCACUUUGCAGACACCAUUAUACUGUUCUUUAAAUUCUGUGAGUUUAAAUGGUACCGUCACAGCAAAGUAUACAUAUGGGAAGCCAGUGAAAGGAGACCUAACACUUACAUUUUUACCUUUAUCCUUUUGGGGUGUGAAGAAAAAUAUUACAAAAACAUUUAAGAUAAAUGGAUCUGCAAACUUCUCUUUUCACGAUGAAGAGAUGAAAAAGGUAAUGGAUUUUUCGGAUGGCCUUUCUGAACACGUGAAUCUGUCUUCUCCUGGGCCGGUAGAAAUUUUAGCCACAGUGACAGAAUCACUUACAGGUAUCUCAAGAAAUGCAAGCUCCAAUGUAUUUUUCAAGCAACACGAUUACAUCAUUGAAAUUUUUGAUUAUGCUACUGUCUUAAAGCCAUCUCUCAACUUCACAGCCACUGUGAAGGUAACCCGUUCUGAUGGCAAUCAACUGACUCCUGAAGAAAGAAGAAAUAAUGUAGUCAUAAUGGUGACACAGAGAAACUAUACCGAGUACUGGAGUAGAUGGGAUGGUAGAAAUCAGCAAAUAGGGGCUGUCCAGAUCGUAAAUCAUACUGUCCCCCCAAAUGGGAUCUUCAAGAUUGAAUUCCCAAUCCUGGACGAUUCCAGCGAGCUACAGUUGAAGGCCUCUUUUCUUGAUACUGUGAGUAGCAUGGGAGUUCAUGAUAUGUUUAAGUCUCCUAGUAAAACGUACAUCCAGCUAAAAACAAGAGAUGAAAAUAUAAAGGUGGGAUCACCUUUUGAGUUGGUGCUUAGUGGCAACAAGCAGUUGAAGGAGUUUAGCUAUAUGGUAGUGUCCAGGGGACAGUUAGUGGCUGUAGGCAAGCAAAAUUCAACAACUUUUUCCUUAACACCAGAAAAUUCUUGGGCUCCAAAAGCCUGUAUUAUUGUGUAUUAUAUUGAAGAUGAUGGGGAAAUUAUAAAUGAUGUUCUGAAAGUUCCUGUUCAGCUUGUUUUUAAAAAUAAGAUACAGCUAUUUUGGAGUAAAGCCAAUGCUGAACCCUCUGAGAGAGUCUCUCUUAAGAUCUCUGUGACACAGCCAGACUCAAUAGUUGGGAUUGUAGCUGUCGACAAAAGUGUGAAUCUGAUGAAUGUCUCAAACGAUAUUACAAUGGAAAAUGUGGUCCAUGAACUGGAACUUUAUAACACAGGAUAUUAUUUAGGCAUGUUCAUGAAUUCUUUUGCAGUCUUUCAGGAGUGUGGCCUCUGGGUGUUGACAGAUGCAAACCUUGUGAAGGAUUUCAUUGAUGUUUAUGACCGUAUAGCGUUUUUGGAGGAAAAUGAAGGAUACUUGGUAGAUUUUCAUGACUUUUCUUUGGGUAGCAGUCCACGUGUCAGAAAGCAUUUUCCAGAGACUUGGAUUUGGCUAGACACCAGCAUGGGUUCCAGGACUUCCCAAGAAUUUGAAGUUACUGUACCUGAUUCUAUCACUUCUUGGGUUGCAACUGCUUUUGUGAUCUCUGAGGAUUUAGGUCUUGGACUCACAACUGCUCCAGUGGAGCUCCAAUCCUUCCAACCGUUUUUCAUUUUUUUGAAUCUUCCCUACUCUGUUAUCAGAGGUGAAGAAUUUGCUUUGGAAGUAACCAUAUUCAAUUAUUUGAAAGAUGCCACUGAGGUUAAGGUAAUCAUUGAGAAAAGUGACGCGUUUGAUAUUCUAAUGGCUUCGAAUGAAAUAAAUGCCACAGGACACCAGCAGGCGGUUCUGGUUCCCAGUGAGGAUGGGGCAACUGUUCUUUUCCCGGUCAGGCCAACACAUCUGGGGGAAAUGCCCAUCACAGUCACAGCUGUUUCACCUGCUGCUUCCGAUGCUGUCACCCAGAGGAUUUUAGUGAAGGCUGAAGGAAUAGAAAAAUCAUAUUCACAAUCCAUCUUAUUAGACUUGACUGACAGCAAGCUACAAACUACCCUGGAAACUUUGAGUUUCUCCUUUCCUCCUCAUAUAGUGAGUGGUAGUGAGAGAGUUCAGAUCACUGCAAUUGGAGAUAUUCUUGGUUCUUCCAUCAGUGGCUUAGCCUCACUGAUUCGAAUGCCUUAUGGCUGUGGCGAACAGAACAUGAUAAAUUUUGCUCCAAAUAUUUACGUUUUGGAUUACCUGACUAAAAAGAAACAACUGACAGAGAAUUUAAAAGAAAAAGCCCUUUCAUUUAUGAGGCAAGGUUACCAGAGAGAACUUCUCUAUCAGAGGGAAGGUGGCUCUUUCAGUGCUUUUGGGAAUGAUGACCCUUCUGGGAGCACUUGGUUGUCAGCUUUUGUUUUAAGAUGUUUCCUUGAAGCUGAUCCUUACAUAGAUAUUGAUCAGAAUGUGUUACACAGAACAUAUACUUGGCUCAAAGGACAUCAAAAAUCCAAUGGUGAAUUUUGGGAGCCAGGAAGAGUGAUCCACAGCGAGCUUCAAGGUGGCAAUAAAAGUCCAGUAACCCUUACGGCUUAUAUUGUGACUUCUCUCCUGGGAUAUAAAAAGUAUCAGCCUAAUAUUGAUGUGCAGGAGUCUAUCAACUUUUUGGAGUCUGAAUUCAAUAGAGGAAUUUCAGACAAUUACACCCUGGCUCUUGUAACUUAUGCGCUGUCAUCUGUGAGAAGCCCUAAAGCCAAGGACGCUUUGAAUAUGCUGACUUGGAGAGCAGAGCAAGAAGGAGGCAUGCAAUUCUGGGUGUCAUCAGUGUCCAGACUUUCUGAAUCCUGGCAACCAAGCUCCCUGGAUAUUGAAGUUGCGGCCUAUGCACUGCUCUCACACUUGCUUCAGCAUCAGAUUUCUGAGGGAAUCCCGAUUAUGAGGUGGCUAAGCAGGCAGAGAAAUAGCUUGGGAGGUUUUGCAUCUACCCAGGACACCAUUGUGGCCUUGAAGGCCCUGUCUGAGUUUGCAGCCCUAAUGAACACAGAAGAGACAAAUAUCCAAGUGACCGUGGUGGGGUCCGGUUCACUGAGUCCUGUGAAGUUUGUGAUUAGCACACAGAACCGCUUUCUCCUCCAGACGGCUGAGCUUGCUGUGGUACAGCCAACUGCAGUUAAUAUUUCUGCAAGCGGUUUUGGAUUUGCUAUUUGUCAGCUUAAUGUUAUCUAUAAUGUGAAAGAUUCCAGAUCUUCCAUAAUCCAAAGAUCUAUCCAAGAUCAAGAAGCCUUUGAUUUAGACAUUGCUGUAAAAGAUGAUAAAGAUGAUAUCAAUCACUUGAAUUUGAAUGUGUGCACAAGGUUUCUGGGCCCAGCUAGAAGUGGCAUGGCCCUUAUGGAAAUUAACCUCCUCAGUGGUUUUACCGUGUCCUCAGAUGCCAUUUCCCUGAGUGAGACCGUGAAAAAAGUAGAACACGACCAUGGAAAACUCCACCUCUACUUAGACUCUGUAAAUGAAACCCAGUUUUGUGUUGAUAUUCCUUCUGUGAGAAACUUUAGAGUGUCAAAUACACAAGAUGCUUCAGUGUCCAUAAUGGAUUACUAUGAACCAAGGCGGCAAGCGGUGAGAAGCUACAACUCCAGAGCACAGCUGUCCUCCUGUGACCUCUGCGGGGACGCACACACCUGCGGCCCCUGUGACAGCGCGGUCUCGGCCUCCCUUCCUCACCCUAACGCCUGCCUCCUUGUCUGCUUCACGCUUCUGUUCUCUUUGCCGUGUUGGCUAUGAUUUAUGUUUUUAAAGACUCCGUGUAACACUUUCAUUUCCAGAAGUCACGUGUGACUGUCUUGUUUUCAUAAGCAAAUAUCACCUCUAUUUUGAAAAUCAAUGUUUUUCUUUUUAUGGGAUGGGAUGGGGGUGUACAACCGGUCCUUGUAGGUGUAGCUGCAUAGAUUUCUUCCCCUGACUUCUGUGUGGAACAAAAAAUCAGAAUUCUUGCAGCUGUAUUCUUUUAU